AUGUCUACUCACAAGCUAAACCUUCCCUUUUCUGUUCCCGAGGAAAUGAUCAGCAAGGAAAAAGACAGUGGUAUUACGUAUGACUUACAUUAAGACAAGAGCCAGUAAAGGUGUAUAAGAACUCUUAGAUGUUUGAAGGCAGACAAGUCACAACAUGUGAUCAAAAUGCAUGUAGUACUCUUGGGGAGUGGCUUGUCGGUUGAAGGGCAUAAUAUGUAUUAUACUGAUAAAAUCUGCGGUAAAGGUGAGGUUGGUUUUACAGAGAGUCAGAGACUAAAAUAAUAAAUCACCUGAACUCAGUAACUACAGUAACAAACAAAAUGUAAUAAAUUGCUACCUUAAUUAAUAAAUGGCAGCAUUUUUCUGACAUAAAUAAUAUAUGAAGUCAUAUUGAAUUAAACAAUGUAUAUUGGGAAAACAUAAACUGACUCCAAUAUUUCAUCUAUGGGUGCUUUCCAUUUAAUGGCCUGACCGGUCAGACCUGAAUACUUUUCUCAGUAUCAAAGGAACGAUCUGGUCUAUGUUUCUCAAAUGUCUAGCGGAAAUGGACCUCAUUCUAAUGUUAUCAAAAAUUUUCCGGUUAGAUAGGGCCGAAACCCAAAUGUUUUGUGUUUCAUUCAACAAUUUGACUGUUCUGACCGGUUUGGCCAUGUUAAUGGAAAGCGUCAUAUAUAUCUUUUUUAUUCAAACUUGUUUGGCAUUGUUCAGUCAACAACGAAGAGAAAUAAGAUUGAAGGGCAAUUUUUCAAUUUGUCCCUGCAAAUGCAGUGCCAAAAUUUCAAUUUGUCGCUGCAAAUGCAGUGCCAAAAUUUCAACUUGGCGCUGCAAAUGCAGUGCCAAAUUUUCAAUUUGUCGCUGCAGAUGCAGUGCCAAAAUUUCAACUUGGCCCUGCAAAUGCAGUGCCAAAAUUUCAACUUGUCGCUGCAAAUGCAGUGCCAAAAUUUCAAUUUGGCGCUGCAAAUGCAGUGCCAAAAUUUCAACUUGGCGCUGCAAAUGCAGUGCCAAAUUUUCAAUUUGUCGCUGCAGAUGCAGUGCCAAAAUUUCAACUUGGCCCUGCAAAUGCAGUGCCAAAAUUUCAACUUGUCGCUGCAAAUGCAGUGCCAAAAUUUCAACUUGGCGCUGCAAAUGCAGUGCCAAAAUUUCAACUUGGCGCUGCAAAUGCAGUGCCAAAUUUUCAAUUUGGCGCUGCAAAUGCAGUGCCAAAAUUUCAACUUGGCGCUGCAAAUGCAGUGCCAAAUUCUUAA